CUGUGGAUAACGGUGUUUGUGGCAACUCUGUUCGUCUGCGCAACCACUUGGCUCAUCCUGCGGUCUCACUCCGCCCUGUCUGACUCGCGGAGGACGGGGCGCGAGGGGGCGGCGGGCACAGAGAACCAAACUCAUUUUCUUCGAGAUGUUGAGGAGUCUGUCCGCUGGACCAUCUGCCACCUUAUUGGUCAGCCUGUGCCGCAGGAGCCCGCAGGCAACGGCCCCAGGAUCGCCGGCGGCCUGUGGCUCCUGUCGGCCUUCAUCCUGGGCGUAGUGUACCGGGGCAACUUGAAGGCCAUGCUCAUCCUGCCGAAGGUGGUGCUGCCCUUCGACACCCUGCAGGAGCUGACGGAGACCAACAUCCCCAUCUGGAUCCCCGAGGGCAAUCUCGUCCAUAAGGCCAUCAUGGCCGCGACGCCGGACUCGGCCUACUACCGCCUCCGCAAGCAGAUGCUGGUGCACCUGGACGUCCCGCGCGGCACCAGGGAGACCUUCGGCGGCCUCCACGCCGUCGCGGCGCCCAUGACCACCAUCGUGUUCCUCAUCGACCUCACCUUCUCGACGGCAAGAAAAUGCAAAGUGUACAUUAUCUCUGAGCGCCUCUUCAAGACCGUCAGCAUGGGCUUAGCCAUGUCCAAGACGUUCGAUCAGAAGACAAAGCUGAAUCGAGCCAUAAAGCGGCUGAAGGAAUUUGGGAUAACUGAAUACCUGAGAACGACUGACUUGUUCAACGCCACCGAGUGUCUGAAGCCCCUGUCGUCCAGCGUGGCCUCGGGGGACCUCAGGGCGCUGGACAUCGUCGACUUCCUCGGCGUCUGUGCCAUCUAUGCCUCAGGAAUCACUGUGGCCGCCGCAGUGUUCGUCCUGGAGCUCGUGCUGGGCAGAAGGAAGGAGAAGCGCGGCAGGGAAGGAGGGAAGGACGGGAAGGACGCGAAGGACACGAAGGACGCGGAGGACACGGAGGACGCGAGGAGGACCGCAGUGAAAGGCACAGAAGGCUAGUCGAGAGGAUGAGCCACUGGUGACUGUCGGUGGAUUUUGCGACUCCCGGCUGACUCGGAAAUGCUUUGACGUGCACAAAUAGAGAGGAAAAUGGGAAUCGCAGCACUUGAUUGUUAGAAAGAAACUCAGGUAGAACUAAUAAUGAAUACACUGGAAAGCACAACGCAGCAAAGCAGUAGUUCCUAAACUUUUUUGAAUGAGGCCCAUUUAGGCUCGAAAGAUCCUCCACGUACACGACCCUUUAUUUACGUAUGUACAAUAUAUUCGUACAUACA